AUGGAUUCACAGCUCACCCUCGUCAACCAAGAGCCCCCUCUCGAGCUCGUCCUGGAGAAACCAGCGACACCACUGAACACCCGGAUUUUUGUCAACGGCAAACCGCGGUACAAGGUCUCCACGGUGGAUCGGGACGGGAAUGUGACGGAUGUCACUGAUUUGAGGACGAAUGCGGUGGUGGCGACGAUCAAGCGGAGGUCGAUUUUGCCUGAUAAAGUCAAGUUCCCGGCCAAGUUUGGGGGGAAGGCGGUUAAGAAGGAUGAUUGGAUGGUUGAGACCAAGUUGGAUAGUGGAGGGUUGGGAUGGACCAUCAACAGCGAGAGCGGAAGUUUCCUCUGGAGAUUUGACAAGGCUUUGAAGAUCGUCCUAACGCCAGCCACUGACCCGGACCGCAUCAUCGCAUUCGUCAAGAGCGAGCCAGGGGUAUACGCUCUCUGCGUCGAGCACAGAGCAGAAGGGUUACUCGACGAGAUCAUCCCUGGGUUCAUCGUCCUCGACCACCAGAACAAUAUGAUGACCAAGUCGUGGAAGGUGGCGGAUGGAUGGUGUGCGGAUGAGAGGUCGACGAUUACUGGGAGGCCACUUGCGGGUGAUUAUACCAAGUAG